AUGCCCCAGUCCAACUCAUCAGUCGAUAGCCCAAAAAAGACCAAGCAGAAGAAAUUAACCGAUGAAGAGGUGCUGGUCUUGAAAUCCCACCUAGAAGAAUGGAAGGAAGCAGCUGCCAACAAUAGAAAAAAGAUUCUGAAGGCCGUCAUAAAAGAGGCCAAGGUGCAUGCCCCUGCUAUGGAUGACCGGUCAUUGAAGAACAGGAAAUAUACGUACCGGGACUGGUUAUAUAACCGGAGACCUGAAAAGACUCAAGAAAAGAAAGCCAACAAGUUUGGUCAGAAAUGGACUUCCCGGUCGGUCAUAGAACAACUGCGCAAGGAGGAGAUCAUUGAAAAGACUGGAGCGAUGCCAGGAUCGAAGAAAUUUAUUGAAAGAUAUCAGACAACACUCACUGCAGUGGUGGCCAGUCUAUCUAAAGAGGAGCUGGAGGAGGCUCAGAACACUGCGAUUGAGUGGUCUGCCAAGGCUCCUCCUGCAGCUGUUCAGGUGGACUUUGCAAAGAAGAAAGCACCCGGUAUGAUGAAGGAUCUGGCAACAAAGUUGUGGAAGCAGGUCGGUAUGAGAAUUUUCAUAUUGUCAGCAUGGAAAACAGAGGAAGACGAAGUCCGGAUCAAUGGAAUUGACUUCAAUGAAAAGUUGAAGGGGAAUAGUUUUACCGAUAUGAAGGACUGGAAGUCCAUGUUAUCGGAGUGGAAUGCCUAUGCUGGUGAAGAGUUCGACGUUGACCUGAAUAAUGAUGACGAUGAUAAUGAAGAGGAGGUGAAGAAGAGCAGGAAGAAAGGUGGAAAGAAGGACAAUUAUCCUUUGGAGGUGGAUAGCUAUGGGCUGCCGGUCAUACCGGACGUCACAGAGCUUAACCUAGAGAGCAAAAAGCAUCUUAUAAGGACUUUCCUCACAAAGCACUACAGAUUGUGCAGCCAACAACCAAAGGCGUCUGUUCCUUGGGCCUCAGUCAGGAUGGCUCAGGGUGACUUUAUUGCAGCCAAGUUUUUACCUACCGGCUGGAGGCUCAACGAUCCGUCAAAGAUUCGGCUGGCUGAUGCUGACCGGCUACAGAAGGACCAGGUUCGCCCAACCUUUGAAUUUAAAGGCUGGGAAGGCGAUGAUAAGACAAUGAGAGAACCGGCAGAGAUAAUCUCCGGCAAUGGUUCUGAUGCGAGACCCAGGGUUCCAGUGAAAAAGUCCACCGGAAGGCGCACCAGGGGGGUGGAACCGGUGUCUAGUAGUGAGGAUAAGAACAAGGAUGAUGAAGAUGAGGAGAAGGAUGACGAUCACUAUCACGAUGACAACCUCCAAUCACCACCACCAAAGUUAAAAUCUAUCAACAAUUGCCCACCGGUCAAGAAAUCCAUACCUGUCCCACCACCACCUUCAAAGGCAGAACGGGCCAAUACGGUCCGCAGCACUAGUCCGGCGUCAGAGGAGGAAGAUACUCGCCUACCGGUCAAGAAAUCCAUACUGGUCCCACCACCACCUUCAAAGGCAAAACGGACCAAUACCAUCCGCAGGGCUAGUACAGCUUCAGAGGAGGAAGAUACUCGCCCACCGGUCAAGAAAUCCAUACUGGUCCCACCACCACCUUCAAAGGCAAAACGGACCAAUACCGUCUGCAGGGCUAGUACAGCUUCAGAGGAGGAAGAUACUCGCCAACCGGUCAAGAAAUCCAUACCGGUCCCACCACCACCUUCAAAGGCAAAACGGACCAAUACUGUCCGCAGGGCUAGUACAGCUUCAGAGGAGGAAGAUACUCGCCCACCGGUCAAGAAAUCCAUACCUGUCCCACAACCAACUUCAAAGGCCAAACAGACCAAUACCGUCUGCAGCACUCGUCCGGCUUCAGAGGAGGAAGAUACUCGCCCACUGGUCAAGAGAUCCAUACCGGUCCUACCACCACCUAAAUCAAAAUCAUCCCAAAAGAGGGGUAGGGUUGCUCCCAUUCAAUCUGAUUUGGAGUCGGAUGGUCCGCCACCAGUCAAGAAAUCAAAGCUGACUGCAAGUGGAAGGGGACAGGCAGAAGACAACACCAGCACCGGUUCUGCACAAUCAACUGGUAAUGAUGACAAUGAUCCUCUGCCUUCGCAACAUCUUUCUAGAAGUCGUGCAUUUGGCCCUACAUCAGGUGUCUAUGCCAAGAAUAAAACUAACAAAGCACCGGUGCACAAACCAACACCCCCUGCCCCAAGAAGGGACUCCGGCAAGAAAGCCAAAGCAUCUGAAGCACAGACAACCAAUCCAGAGCCAAAGCGCUCUCAUAGAAGUACAAAGGCCUCUUAUAAAGCUCAGUAUAUGCAAUCAUAG